AUGGAUGCCCUGUUCGACUCAAUCAACGUCCGAGAUCUCCUCUCUGCCGGCGACCUCGCGGACCAAACCUGCCCACUCUCCGCGCCUGAUCUACGCCUCCUCAUAACUCGUCUGGAGUCUCACUCGCUUCAGAUCAAAUCCAAAGUCCAAUCCUACCUCCUCGCUCACCACGGCGAGUUCUCCUCUCUCUUCCAGCUCUGCAGCGAUGCCGCAUCCCGGACCGUUGAAAUCGACCGGAAAGUUUCCGAUCUCUCGACUCUCUUGUCGGACACUCCCGUGGACGUCGAAAUCAGGGAGAUUCUGGAAGAGCUGAAGCGGAAGCUGAGAGAGGCGAAGGUGAAGAAGGAAUUGCUUCAAUUAGUGAAUGCAAUUGUGGAGAUUAGCGACAAGUUGAAAGGAGCGAAGGAGGGAAUGAAGCAUGGGCGGCUGCUAAUGGCUGCCGAGGAAGUGAAGGUGCUGAAGGAUGUGCUGAGGAUCGGCGACGAGGAAGCAGGUGAUCCUUUGGUCUAUGGUUUGCUGAGGAAGGACUGGCUGUCCUGCUUUGAGGAGAUGCAAGGCAUGCUUGUCAAGUUGAUGGAGAAAGCAGUGCAGCUGGAGCUAGAACCAUGCAGAGUUCGAGUUCGGUCUCGUUUGAGUGUUGAUGAACUUGAAGGAGUGGAACUCAGAGCUGUUUUACAAGCAAUGGAAGUGCUUGGAAUUUUGGAUUAUGGGCUUGCUAAAGUAGCUGAUAAGAUGUUCAAGUUUGUUAUCACACCUGCCAUGAACUGUGGGACAGCCACUUCUCUUGCAGGAGAUGUUAAAGAGGAGGCAGUAUUGGAAAUUAUACCAUCCUCUGAUCUUAAGACUGAAGAUGUUGAUGGUCAGACAAUUUAUUCCAGCAUUCUUCAGGUUGUGAAAUUUAUUUCAAAAUUCAUAUGCCUAGAAAAGGAAUCUUGGGUUCAGUGUUUUGGAAGAUUGACAUGGCCAAGGAUAGCUGAGCUGAUUAUUUCUAACUUCCUCUCAAAGGCUGUUCCUGAUGAUGCUUCAAAACUGGUUGGCUUUCAGAAAAUCGUGAAAAACUCCUCAGAGUUUGAAAAUGCCUUGAAAGAACUUAAGUUCAUUUCAGCUUUUGAUCAGUCAGACCUAAAGUUAAGCAACUUUUCUGAAAAUGUCGAACUUCAUUUUGCUUCUCGAAAAAGGACUGAAAUAUUGGCGAAGGCUAGAGAUUUGCUCUUACAUUGUGACUUCUCCAUUCCUCAAGAGUUUAUGAGAAAGAGUUCUCAAUCAACAAAUGGAGCAGGAGUAGCUGCAGAGCAUAUUGAUCGUCUUGUUCAUUUGCUUUUCAUGUCCGAGAGGUGUUUGGUGUCCAAAGCAGCUUCACAGCUGAUGGCUCUAGUUCAUCAGACACUCAAGGAUGUUUGCUUGUCAUCUCCAAAGGUUGCACCUGAAUUUUAUCGUGCUGCUAGGGAUGCAAUACUUCUGUAUGAAGCAGUUGUUCCUGUCAAGCUAGAGAGGAAGCUGGAUAACUUCAACCAAGUUGCUGUUCUGAUGCACAAUGACUGUCUUUAUCUAUCACAAGAAAUACUCGGAUUGGCAUUUCAGUAUCGACCAGACUUUCCAACGUCAAUCAAAGAACAUGCAGUUUUCGUCGACAUGGCUCCAAGGUACUAUGUAAUGGCCGAGGAGAUACUGCAGCGACAAAUUCAGCUCGUCAUUCUUAAUUUGAAAGAGGCUAUUGAUGGAGCCGGUGGUUUUCAGAAUUCUCAUCAGAUGCAACAGUUUGAAUCUGCAAAGUUCAGCAUAGAUCAGGUGGUCUUUGUCCUUGAAAAGGUACGAAUUAUAUGGGAGCCACUCUUGCUACCUUCAACAUACAAGAAAAGCAUGUGUGCGGUCCUAGAGUCGGUUCUUUCCAGAAUCACUGUGGAGAUACUCCUUCUAGAUGAUAUGGCAGCCGAGGAAACAUUGGAGCUCCAAAGACUAAUCCAGCUAAUGCUGGAAGGGGUGUCUCCUUUGCUGGAUUCCCUGGUUUCUGCGGUCGUCUUCGAGAAUAAGAAGCCUGAAGAAGACGACUACUCCCCCAAAGAUUCAGUUGAUGAUCUCAUUCCCUCUUUACGCAAGAUCCGCAAGCUUGCAGGCAAAGUUUCUUCAACUUUACUUUACCUUGUGAUACCACUAGUCUGUUCUUCCCAAAAAUUACUGGACCUGCCUUUGAAAUCCAUUACUAGUGAUUGGGAAAGCGGAGAACUUCAUAGAUGUGGUUUCACAAAGACUGAGGUGGUAGAUCUAAUCAGAGCCAUAUUCACUGAUACGCCUUUACGUAAAGACUGCAUAAGGACGAUCAGUAAUGUAAGCCCGUAUUAA